AUGGCCAUAAAGUCGGAGCUAGGAAGCGCCUCGAAUCCCAUCAUCUUAGGACUUUCGCCAACUGGGAGAGCUACGAGAGGAAAAAGAAAGGUUUUCUGUAACACUGCUGUACAGGUGGGUGAAAGUGACCCUGUUCAAAGUACUGCUGAUGAGCGAGAAUCCAGACAGGAAUCUGAUCCGUGUGCUGUUUGGAUCCUGAGUAACCUCGAACCGCUCCUAUCGUGCAGCAUCUGCACCGAGAUCUUCUAUAAAGCAGUGAAUGUCGUUCCAUGUGGUCAUAACUUUUGUUUGUCCUGCCUCAUGCAGUCAUUGGUUCUAACAGAAAACGCACAUUGUCCUCAGUGUCGGGAAGAGAUUAAGGACGUGGGUCUGGAUUACACGAUUAACUCGAUUGUGGAUGUAUUCCUUGAACAAAAUCCAGGUAAAAUCCGGCCCCUAGAUGAACUCAAACUGCUUGAUGAUAAAUUUAUGGAGGCUGUCAUGGCACUGAAGAGGAUGGAAAGAAAGCGUCUAAGAGUAGUAGACCGAAAUAUUUGGGGAGCUCCCCAACAGAGAACUCGUGCUCCUAGUCGAGAACGAACAAGGGAAGUGCUUCGACGUAACAUUCCAGCCUCUGUGAACGCA